CAAACCCUGACGUUGUUUCUGUACGUUCUCUCUCGCAAGUUAUAAUCUUUGCUGAAAAAAUUCAGUACUUACUUUGAUUCAAUAAUAAGAUAUAAAAACUUUGAAGUUGCAAGGUAAAGGUAACAUUUCAAUUAAACAUGUUGUCUAAGAUAGCAUCUCAGAAAAAUGAAAAGACUAAAGGGCAUAAUGAAGGAUCAAUUGCAUCUAGAUUGAGAUCAAGUUCUAAAGUUGAAGGUAAGUCAAGUCAAUUAUCAAAGCACGAGAAAGAAAAAGGCAUUAAUAAGUCUUUGGGACAGAAGAUCCCAACUGAAAAGGUUACUAAGAAGAGCAGUAGUAGUAGUUCAAAACCAGCUCAGAUAAUUAAGACUAAAGAUUUAUCAACUAGCAUAACUGCUCCAUCUUCAAAGAAUCAAGAACAACCUCUAAAGAAGAUCAAGAAUUCUGUGGUUGAACCCUCUUCUAGUAAUGUUGACAAGGGAAAGGAGAAAGUGGAGCCUACACAAAAACCAGUACAAGAUAUUAAGAAAUCAGUAAUUGACAUAAAACCUGUAUACCAUAUUCGAUGGAAAGGCUUUGAAAACACAAUUCCACGUUGGAAAUGUUCAGUGUGUGGGAAAGAGUUAGAAAAUAAAGAGGAAAAGGAACUUAAAAUUCAACCCGGAGUAGAUGAGCUGCAACAAAUUUUACUCUCCACGCAAGGAAGAGAAGAUCAAUUGAGUAGUGUUUUACCAGAAGUUGCUGUUCUUCCAUGCACUCAUGUCUUCCAUUUGACAUGUUUAUCAACUUUGCACCUCACUGAUCCUUCUUGCCCAAUUUGUCUUAGCAUGCUCUCAACUUAAUUGAUCCUUCACUUAUCAUCCCAUUUACUUUAACUUUUUUAUUUUGUUACAAUUGUUAAUUUUGUCAUAUGCUAGCUUGAUCAAGGAUUAUUUGUUUAAGAGGUUAAAUACCAAUUUUUGUCACAAUUAGACUUGAUUAGGUUAAUAUAUAGUUUCUUUUAACUCAUGGUUAAUAUAUAG